AUGGCCGUUCCGGAGUAUACGGGAGAGAUUGUGAUGUCGGCGAUUAACAAUGUCAGUGGAGAUUUGGGGGUUUCAAGGGUUUUCUUGAAUGCUCUGUUGCAGUAUUUUCCUCAAAUUCUUCCUUCCUAUGCACACAAAUUAGUGUCCACUCUUCUAGAUCGAUUUGAAAUUUCGGUUCCUAGUUCACCGAAGCAGCUAGUUGCGAUAACACCUGAAGCGUCAUCGUCUCAGAGUUCGCCCCUCAGUGCAAACCAUUAUCAAUCAAAUGAGAGAAACAGUCCAGGAAACGAGGUCAGCAAUGCCUCUAGUUCUUCGAGCGGUGAGGCUUCAAGGGUUACAGAUGAGAAGACCAGUGCAUUGUCGUCGAAAGGAUUGGUGAUAAAUGGGGGCAGCCUUGCUCCAGGAAACGAGGUCAGCAAUGCCUCUAGUUCUUCGAGCGGUGAGGCUUCAAGGGUUACAGAUGAGAAGACCAGUGCAUUGUCGACGAAAGGAUUGGUGAUGAAUGGGGGCAGCCUUGCGUGUAAGAGCAAUGUGGAUAUAUUUGGUGCUGGUGUUGGGUUCAAUGAUGGAGGAGGAGGCGGUUCCGCGACGUACAAGCGAGUGGUAGCCUCUUUUGAGGAAGAGCCUGUGGAGAGCCUUCAACAACAGGAGAUUGCUUUCAAGCUGAUUGGGACACAUAUUGGAUAA